AUACAAACAGUUUGAGCUGGCAACAUUUAACACCCUUUUCCGGCUAUCGGUGACACUGAAAGCCUCAACAUGAAGCAAAUCGUUGCAAACCAAAAAGUGAAAAUCCCUGAUGGGUUAACAGUACAUGUGAAAUCCCGUUUAGUGACAGUGAAAGGUCCUCGAGGAAUUUUGAAGAGAAACUUUAAACACUUGGCUGUUGAUAUUCGCAUGGUGAACCCCAGGGUUUUAAAGGUAGAAAAAUGGUUCGGAUCCAAGAAGGAACUCGCCGCUGUAAGAACAGUGUGCUCUCAUGUUGAAAACAUGAUCAAAGGUGUAACCAAGGGAUUCCAAUACAAAAUGCGUGCAGUAUAUGCCCAUUUCCCCAUCAACUGUGUCACAACAGAAGGCAAUUCAAUCAUUGAAAUCCGUAACUUCCUUGGAGAGAAAUACAUCAGAAGGGUAAAGAUGGCACCUGGUGUGACUGUUGUAAACUCCCCUAAACAGAAGGAUGAACUGAUCAUUGAAGGUAACUCCCUUGAAGAUGUUUCAAGUUCAGCAGCUCUCAUUCAACAGUCCACAACCGUCAAAAACAAGGAUAUCAGAAAGUUCUUGGAUGGACUCUAUGUAUCUGAGAAGACAACUGUUCUAAUGGAUGAGAUAUAAGGACAUUAAAGUUUUAAGCUGAA